AUGUCUGGCGCGGCAAAAUGGGGCAGCGUCGCCCUUCGGCUCAUCCAGCUCGCCUUUGCGGUCAUCGUCAUGGCCCUCAUAGGCAACAUGAUUGAUGACGCACUCAACGGCAGCGCAUCGGUGGUCAACUACAACAUGUUCGUGCCAGCAUUCAUCAUGCUGUCCUUAAUAUACCUCAUUCCAGCAUCCAUCAGCGAUACGGUUAUGUUCCAUCCCAUCCUAAUGUUUAUCAUUGAUGCCCUCUGUUGCCUCUUUGCUUUCUGCGGAGCUAUUGCCCUUCCUGCCAAACAGCAUGUGCAUAGUUGUUCCAAUAGGGCAUAUACCUCCUCCAACCCAGUAACCAACGGGUCGUAUUAUCCAGAGAAACGUUGCCGUGAGGGGCAGGCAGCCACCGCCUUCUUGUGGUUCUUGUGGUUUGCCUUCUUGUUGUCCACUCUAUAUUCCCUCUGGCGCGUGAAAGAGCGUUUCUCUGGAAGUGGAGGUCGUAACGGCCAACGUACUCCGCCCAACCGUUCACAAGUGCCAACAAUGUCCCAGGUAUAA